UGCCCUUUCUCUCAUUUUAAUCUUACCUCUCUCGGUGGCAAGAUUGCCAUAACCACGCCCCUUCUGACGCGACCGUCGGAUUGAGGCCCGGGCGCGAAGGGCGGCGUUCGAGUCAUCCUGACGCAAAUGAUUGACAGCUAGGCCGGCCUUUGCGCGAGGAGGAGGAGGGAGGAGGAGGAGGAAGCGGCUCGCGCUGGCCGGGGCCGCCGCAGCCUCGUUAGGGCUGGAUGGAUCUGUUCGGGGACCUUCCGGAGCCAACUCCUCCGGCAGUCGCAGCAGUAGAGAAAGAGGGACAGAAAGGAUCUUUGCUUUUUGAUGAUCUUCCUCCAGUCAGCAACACUGAUUUGGGGGCAGGAGGCUCUUUGCUAUUUGAUGACCUCCCACCUGCCAGCAGUGGCAACUCAGCUUCUCAUCCCACAGAGCACGUUUCUCUUCCUGUGAGCUAUGGGAAGGGAGAGAAGAGGAAGUCCACUGAAGGAGAGAAGAAUGGGAGUGAAGAACUUGUGGAAAAGAAAGUUUGUAAAGGUGCUGCAGGUAUUCUUGGUCUGAAGGGUUAUGUAGCAGAGAGGAAAGGUGAGCGAGAAGAGAUGCAAGAUGCCCAUGUUAUUCUCAAUGAUAUCACAGAAGAGUGCGGCCCCUUGUCCUCUCAAAUAACCCGUGUCUCGUAUUUUGCUGUUUUUGAUGGCCAUGGAGGAGUUAGAGCUUCAACAUAUGCUGCACAGAAUCUGCAUCAAAACCUGAUCAGAAAAUUUCCCAAAGGAGAGGUGCCCAGUGUGGAGAAAGCAAUAAGGAGAUGCCUUUUGGACACUUUCAAACACACAGAUGAGGAAUUCCUCAAGCAGGCUUCCAGCCAGAAACCUGCUUGGAAAGAUGGUUCCACGGCAACCUGUGUGCUGGUGAUUGAUAAUACUCUGUACAUUGCCAACCUUGGAGACAGUAGGGCAAUUCUGUGCCGUUACAAUGAAGAGUCUCAGAAGCACACAGCUUUAAGUCUUAGUAAAGAACAUAAUCCAACUCAGUAUGAUGAGCGGAUGAGGAUCCAAAAGGCUGGAGGCAAUGUCAGGUAACAAACAGAGGAAGCAACAAAGGGAAAUGAUGGGGAGGAAGUUUAGAGUUGCCAAAAUUCCAACAACUUCUUGGGGAAGCUAGUGUAGUACAGGGAUUAAAAUGUUGGUCUUGGAAAUCCAGGUUGAAUGCCCCACAGAACUCACUGGGUGAUUUUAGGAUACUCACUCUCUAAACUCCAAUUUCCUUUCUGUUAUGGGAAUAAAGUUAGGGAAGGCACCUAUUUUAAACUUGAGGCCUCAGAAAAAAGGUAGGAUAUGUAA